GCAAACCGGGCGCAAAACGAGCCUAUAACUGCGCCGUCCACGCGUGUGCGUGCGAUUUGUGGUACUCCACAUCAGCGCUCAACUCCCAAGCACGGCUUCGCGAAGUAAAGCGUGCAGCCAAGCACACACAGCAGCCCCAGCACGCCGUCGACGCCACAGCAAAGCGAAGCGAUGGCCGGCCGCGACGCGUCCCCGCCGCGCCAGACGCUGCGAAGGCGCCACCGCUCGAGCGGUUCCUUGGACGACUUCUGCGACGACCGCUCGCCGAGCCCCCUGCCGCACAUCCACCGGAACCGCUGGGUCGCCACGUUCACUUACGUCACGAACUGCGCGGCGGGCUGGGCCCUGACGAAGCUGUUCGUGUCCAUCGUGGAGCAGUCGCGCUACGGGCUCGGGGUCUUUUUACUUACGUUGCUGCCAAGGUUGAAUCGUUUAUCUCAUUUGGUUUUAAGGUGGCCUCUCUUAGUUCUGGUCUACGCUCUCGUGGGGGUCGAACUCAUCCUCUACUUUCUACUGAGGACACUAGUGGCAGCAUUGGAGCUCGCAGUGGCUUCACCGACCCACAGACGACUGAGAAGUGCAUUGAGAAGAGCCGACGACUACGCCCAGUGGUUGGCCUGUGCGCGCGCAUUAGAUGCGUCGCGAGGAGUCGCCCUGUGGCAGGCGGACCUAAGAAGCACGAGAUACAACUGGCCGUUCGUCCGGAGGCUCCGAGCGAGACUAAGAACCGCCCGAUCACAAAAUGAUUGGAGAGGAGUAGCAGACACGCUGCGACUCUGCUCGCGACCGAACGUCGGCGGCAUCAUGGCGCCGGAACUCUUCGCGGUGUCCUACGCGGGGGCCCCCAAAAUUGUGGUCACCGACUUCGUCGACGAAGUUUGUAGUCAGCGUCCCUAAUCAUGCGUCGACGUCGUCGACGCGACUCGUCUCCAUCUCAGCAUGAAGUGGGUGGUCUCUUUUGCGAUUUUGAGCCGAUUCGGACCGCGUCGGGGCCGUUGCUGCGUGUCAGAGAGCGCGCGGCCGCGGCGAUGCGUCGUCGCGAGCGUCCACGCGCCUCCAUCGCAGGUCGCCGCGAGCGUCGACUGGCUCUCGUCGACCUGCUCCGACGACGAGCGCACGAAGGUCUGUCGCAGUCUCUUCGGCGUGGCCAGAGAGGCGUACGGCGCCACCGCGUUGGCGUUGAGCGGUGGCGGCGCCCUCGGAACUUAUCAUUUUGGAGUGGUAAGAGCCUUACACGACGCGCGCUUGCUCCCGGACGCCAUCUGCGGCACGUCGGCUGGUUCGAUUGUGGCGUCGUUUUGCUGCUGUCGAAAUGACUCGGAACUCGCCCGCGACUUGUAUGACGAUUCUGCACUCUCGUCGAACUUGAAAUGCUUCGAGAGCACGCCCUGGGAGUGCUUGAAACGACUCUACAAGCACGGUGCUUGUUAUGAUAGUGAAAGGUGGAUGGACAUCGCGCGGUGGUUCGCGAACGAUGCUGCUAUUCAGAAUAUGACGUUCCUCGAAGCGUUUGAACGGAGCGGACGGGCCCUGGCGAUUACCGUGUGUGCGACGGGCAAGAAGGCGCCUCCCGUUUUACUCACGCAUAAGACGUCGCCGCACGUCGUCAUCAUCAGUGCCAUCGUCGCUACUUCCGCGGUACCUCGACUCCUACCGCCGCAAAUUCUGCUGGAGAAGGACCCGUCUACUGGCGAGUUACGGCCCCAAGCCGGUUCCGAGUUGUAUAUCGAUGGAAGUAUAGCACAUGACAUCCCGGCAGCAGCUUUGAGGGAGGCCUUCAACGCGAGAUUUGUGGUCGCGUCGCAAGUCAAUCCACACAUGCAGCCGAUGUUCUACCACGCGCAUGGAGAUGCGGGAGAGCCGAAUCGCUGGGGUUCCGUGGGCGAGGCGUCCUGGCGCGGCGGCUACGCUCUGGCUGCCUUGGAGUUGUUCCUUAGGAAAGACAUGGCCGCGAAGCUCGAGUUUCUGCGCGACGUCGACGCCACUCCCGGUUGGAGCGGUCGAGUGUUCACGCAGUCGCCCAAAGGGUGCGUGACGAUCACGCCUCGCCUACGAUGGUCUGAUGGCUUUCGGUUGUUCUCGAACCCGACAUCUGCUUCAUUAAGGAGCGAUUGCCGCGAAGGCCGCGUCGCGACGUACCAGAAGCUGGCCAUGCUGCGGACUCGAGUGCACGUCGAGCGGGCCCUGCAGGACGCCUGCGCGCAGUUGCACGUCGACCGCUCGGCGGAUAGGACCGGAGGCUCGCUGGCGUGGGCCACACCCCAAACGCUCGCCGACUUCCCCGACGUGCGCGACACGGCCUACGACUCGGGCGCGGACUUCGCCGACGACGGGCUCUGAUUAAUAUUUCUGUUGUAUGAACUAUCGUCAACUCCGAGCACAGCGACUAGCCCC